AUGUUCGAAUCACAACAAUAUUGUUGGUGUGCUGCACAAGUCUCUUCAUAUGGAGGCAAUCAAUCAUGGAGAUUUGGAAUUGUUGGACUACCUCUGCGCAGUACACCUCUUGAGAGUGUUGACGAUACUUUCGAGGACCCAGAGGAGACUUCCAACAAUCUUGUAGAGCGCGCCAUCAAUCUGGGACACAUCGAGAUAUUGGACUAUUUGUUGGCAAAGGUUGAUGUCAUGCUCAAACACUACAUGUUGGUUGGGUUAAUCCCAUCACUCACCAACAAUCUAAUCACAAGGUCGGAUACAUUCAUGUUACAACAUUUCUUGAACAUUGGUGUUAAGUUUGAUUUGGAGAGUAUCCAGCUCCAUGCUCGAGCCUACUACAACUACAACAACAACAACAACAUGGGCAUGCAAUCAUUUAUUGAUCAGUAUAUAUUUAAGAAUGAUACACAGGGUCAACAAAAGCAAGUGAAGAAUAACAAGAGAGUCACAAGGGAUAAUGAGGAAACUACUCCACAACCAAAGCCAACAAAGAAGAAUAGGAAAUAA